CCCUUGUGUCUCCUCUCCUGUGGUUUCAAUGAGGAAGUAGCAGAAAUGAGGUCUUCUCAAGUCCACAGUCUAAAUAUUUGGAAACACUUUAAAUGUUGGUUUAAAUCAUAUCUUCUCUAAGCCAUGUGGUUCUUAAACUGUGGCCUGUGCAGUUCUGGGGGUUUGUUUUUGCUGCGCUGGAGAAGAAUUAGUCUGUCUCCCCUGAUCUCUGAAUAUAAUGAUUUGUUUGUCUCCACAAGUUGUGGCCUGGGAGGAGUGUGAGUGUGUGCAUGUGUGAAUGUGUGUCUGUUCAUUGCAUGUACGUGUUGCCCAGGGCUAUUCCGCAGACUGUCAGCUGACAGAGCAGUAGAGAUAGUGUUGGGUUUCAUCAUGCUGUUUAUUCCCUGUGUGUGAAGUUAGAGAGGGGACAGCUCUGUAUGUGUAUGUGUGUGUUUGCUGUCGUACUGACGUCUCCAGACUCUGGUGUAAAGUCACACAGAGACAUGGCGGGUCCCUGCAGGGUGAAAAAGCACAUCGCCUCCCCUUCACCUCUGUCGUCUUCUUUCCCUCUCUCCCCUCUCUGUUUUUCCCUCACUUCGCCUCCCCAACACACCCUGAAGCAUGUCUGUUGUGAAUUCACUAAACUGCGUCAACAACAGAGGGAAAUUAUAGCUGUCUGUUUGUCUAUUCCUACUGUGUUAUUAUCCAGUCCCUCCACCCCCCACCCAGUUUAUUUCUUGGUGUCUCUGUCGCUCCCUCCUGGUCCCUCUUUCACCUCCGGCCACAUAUUGCGACACUGACUGUCAAAGACAGAUGACCCAAGCUUGGCAUGUAUAAGCGUGUGUGUGUGUGUGUGUGUGUGUGUGUGUGCGCGCCAGGAGUGGGAAGGUCUGGCUCUAACCUGAUGCUAUUAAUACCACCUAAUGAACAUAAUCUGGAGGGUAGGUUAUCCUCUUACAUUUGUUGGCUGGACGACUGAGGGGAGGAGUGGCAAGCGAGUGAAAGAGGAGGGAAAAGCUUUGCUGUAGUUUCACUCUGAAAGCGCUCUGUCUACGAAGCUGCAGUGCCUUUUCUCUCUCCCUCCUUUGCCGCACUGAAUGGAAGAAACAGAAAGCUAAACAGAUGCUUAAAGUUUCGUUUCUCAUCCAAGUUGAUCCCCCUCUAUAUUGUCCUCCCUCUCUCUCUCUCUCUCUCUGAAAGUGUUGUACCAGAGUGCAGUAGAUUGCUUUACUGUACUCGAGUGUAUAUAUAUAUAAACUGAGGCAAAAGUAUAAGAUAAAGACUAAACUUGCAAAGUACACAAAGUGGAAGCUGCAAUAAUAUAGUCUCCGGGCAUGAACUCUCUACCGGGUUACUCAGGAGCUAGAAUAUCUGGCUGUUGGACUCUACGAUCUGAUGGCAGUGGAGGUGGUGAGGGAUCACUAGACCGGCUUCUCCCCUCUGUAAGCACAGGCCUGUCACCCAGGAAAAGGACCACUAGCCAGUGUAAAUCUGAGCCUCCUCUCCUGCGCACCUCCAAACGAACUAUCUAUACCGCUGGACGCCCACCCUGGUACAACGAACAUGGAACACAGUCCAAAGAGGCCUUUGUCAUCGGUCUGUGUGGCGGCAGCGCUUCAGGAAAGACAACCGUAGCCAGGAAAAUCAUUGAAGCUCUAGAUGUUCCAUGGGUUGUGCUACUCUCAAUGGACUCUUUUUACAAGGUCCUGUCCCCAGAAGAGCAGACCCUUGCUGCCAGUAAUGACUACAACUUUGACCACCCUGACGCCUUUGACUUUGAUUUGCUGACACACACCCUGCGCAAACUCAAACAGGGCAAAAGCGUGAAAAUCCCUGUGUAUGAUUUUACGACUCAUGGGAGACAGAAGGAGUGGAAAACCGUAUAUGGAGCCAGUGUUAUCAUCUUUGAGGGAAUCAUGGCCUUCGCUGAUAAAGCACUGUUGCAGCUGCUGGACAUGAAGAUUUUUGUGGACACAGACUCUGACAUCCGGUUGGUGCGGCGGUUGAGGAGGGACAUUUCAGAAAGGGGACGAGACAUCGAGGGUGUCAUCAAACAGUACAACAAGUUCGUCAAGCCCGCGUUUGAGCAGUACAUUGAGCCCACCAUGCGUCUAGCUGAUAUUGUGGUACCACGUGGUGGCGGCAACAUGGUCGCCAUUGAUUUGAUCGUCCAGCAUGUCCACAGUCAGCUGGAGGAGAGGAAACUUCGCUGGGAUAUGGCAGCCCUUGCAUCUGCACACCAGGCCCAACCCCUCCCCCAGACCCUCAGCGUUCUGGAGAGCACACCCCAGGUCAGGGGUAUGCACACUAUUAUCAGAAAUAAGGAAACCAGCCGCGAUGAGUUCAUCUUCUACUCCAAGAGGCUGAUGCGUCUGUUGAUCGAGCGAGCGCUGUCCUUCCUCCCCUCACAGGUCCACGUAGUCCAGACCCCCCAGGGAGAGGAUUAUGAAGGCAGGACUUUCCACGGGAAGAGGAUCACAGGCGUGUCCAUCCUGCGAGCCGGGGAGACCAUGGAGCCGGCUCUGCGGGCCGUCUGCAAAGAUGUCCGCAUUGGCAAGAUCCUCAUCCAGACCAACCAGGACACGGGGGAACCAGAGCUUCAUUACCUGCGUCUACCGAAAGACAUCAGCGAAGAUCACGUGAUCCUGAUGGACUGCACCGUGUCCACUGGAGCUGCUGCCAUGAUGGCUGUACGAGUGCUGCUGGACCACGAUGUUCAGGAGGACAAGAUCCUGCUGGUGUCCUUGCUAAUGGCUGAAAUGGGAGUUCAUUCAGUGGCCUAUGCGUUUCCACAGGUCAAAAUCAUCACCACAGCUGUCGACAAGAAAGUCAACGAUCUCUUCCACAUCAUACCAGGCAUAGGAAACUUUGGAGAUCGAUACUUUGGAACAGAUGCCCCCCCUGACUGGAGCGACGAAGAGAUGGAUGAGCCGAGUUACUGAUUAAAUUACUGACAGUGCACUCACUUGUUGGGUGAUUCAGGGCAGUGCCCCUCGGAGGACAAUAUAAAGAUAUACUCUUUGCUUCUAUCGGGCCAUAACAUUUGUCCUUCAAGGAACAAACAAGGGAAAUAUAAACUGAACAGGACAAACGUUGCUAAUGUACAGUCACCUUGUUCUAAUUUUAAAUUACAUUAUUUAAUCUUGUGUAAAUAAGUUGUGGAAAGUGGUGUGAAGAAGUCUGAAAUAUUUUUAUAUGUUCAGUAAGUUUGAAAGUUGAAGUUUAUUUUGGUAUUUAAAUUGUGACAAUCUCUGUAUCGAAAAUGUGCCGACAUGUUUUGUUCUGAAAAGAUAUAUCUAGCCUUAAGCCGUGUACUGUGGACGACACAAGUGAAUGUAAAUUUGCACGAGCUGUAGAAAAAAAAUCAAGUUUUUAAGGUUAUUUUUACCACAUACCUUCCUCACAACUUUCACAAAAGUAAAAUCAGAACAUGAAGUAGUGUUGCUCAACUUCCAUUGCCACGAGCACUUUCUGAAGGACCAUUCAAUCGGAAAAUGUGUAGGUGUAUCUGUCUUUCUUUUUUUUUUUUUUUUUUUUUUUAGCUCUCUGGUUCAGCCUGCCUUUUCCUUCUCUGUGGAUGCUGACCUAACCAGUUGAAAAGGGUGUUGAAAAAACAUUUUUCAUUAUACAGCUAAAAGUAUGCACUUGUGGUGCGUAUUUAUUUAUGCAGUAUGUUCUUCAUUUACAUAUUUUUACUAUGGAUAAACCUGACCAGUGAACAGGCAAGUCGUGCAUCUUAUUACUGCUGUGAAAGUGGGUCAUCUGCAUUUAACAAACACAGAUUAAGUCUUUAUUUCAGUCCUUCACAUCCUGAUUUAUGCCUCUUUUUUCAUGCUGUAAAUGGGAUUGUUUACUUUUUUUGUUUAAAAAAAAAUGGGUGUUGAGCUGUGGAUGCAUGAAUGCAGAACAUAUCAGAAAGUGUCUUGUUAGUGCCUGAUUUUUUUUACAUGGUAUCAGUAUUGAAACAAAUGAGAUCUGUUUGUUAGUGUCAGUGCCUGUUGCCUUGCUCUUCUAAGGAUCAUUUUUGAAUUUUCCUAGACGUGUGGUGGCAUUCCACAACAUUCACCCACAUGCUUGUCUGAACUGAUGCAAUGAGGCAUCAGAAUGAGAGCAUGCAUAGAAAGUGCAUUUUAGCAUUUUAAUAUCAUCAUGUAGUGACAUCCCAAUGAGUUACAUUAAUGUGAUGUUCUUCUCUGCAAGUUCACAAUUGAUUAUCAAUAUGCUGUUUAAUUUAAUGUGCAUUUCUUUGUUUAUUGAGAAAAAGGAAAUUUAAUAUUUAAUAUCAAAUAUUGAGAGAAAAAACAUGAAAUGUGGCGUGUUGAAAAUGUAACUUGCAACUUGUCACAUUAGCUACAAGCACUGUUACCACUGUAGUCUCACCAUUACCUCUCUGUUUAGUCACCUGCUACUGUACAGUAUGUGCUGAAUACAGCUGUUGGCAAGUCAUUCUGUACUGAAAAUCUAUUGAUUGUGUUUGCAGCCUCAGUGUUUUGACUGUGUGCUGUUUUGUGUUUAAAUCCCCUGCUGCAUGUUUUUUAAUAUAUUUAAUAAAAGUGCAAUAGAGCUUUUAAAUUUC